GGUUGGGCGGAAGUUGAGCGAGCAACAGACUUGCAGGCUGUCAUCGGAGCUAUUAGCCGCCUGCCGCCCUAAAAACAAGUGAAAUUUACCGAUAAAAGUGUUGACAAGGUGAGGUCAAACUAGCUCGCACGGGAAUAUGGACGAAGACGUGCUGACAACUCUGAAGCUGUUGAUUAUUGGUGAAAGUGGAGUCGGAAAAUCCAGUCUCCUCCUGAGGUUCACAGAUGAUACUUUUGAUCCAGAGCAAACAGCAACAAUAGGUGUGGAUUUCAAAGUGAAGACACUCGCUAUAGAUGGGAACAAAGCAAAGCUCGCCAUAUGGGACACGGCUGGACAGGAGAGGUUUCGAACCCUGACGCCCAGCUACUACCGUGGUGCACAGGGAGUCAUACUUGUUUACGACGUCACAAAGCGCGACACUUUUUCAAAACUUGAAAACUGGCUGAAUGAACUGGAAACCUACACGACACGCAAUGAGAUUGUAAAAAUGCUCGUUGGGAACAAAAUAGAUAAGGACGACCAUGAAGUGGACAGAAAUGAAGGGCUGAAGUUUGCUAGGAAGCACUCAAUGCUUUUUAUUGAGGCUAGUGCAAAGACCAAAGAUGGUGUCCAGUGUGCCUUUGAGGAGCUGGUGGAGAAGAUCCUCCAGACUCCAGGUCUUUGGGAGAGUGAAAACCAGAGUCCAAGGGUCCGUCUUGGGGAGCAGGAGCAGGGUGGGGGCCGGGCAUGUGGAGGAUACUGCUCAAUACCUUGAAAGUGGACAGAACCAAAGAAACAACAACCUGAUAGGAAACACUAAAGACCAGGAACAGAACGGGAAAAGAGAGAGGGAGAGGUGGAAUCAGAUGAGUACCUUUUUAAAAAGCUGGAGUAGUUCUGUCUGUCGAGAGGACUUUGCUGU